AUGCGAUCCUUUCUGUCUAUUCCGACCUUGCUACUUGGGGGCUUAGCCUGUCUAGUCAGUUCAUCUGAACUCACUAAGCGGGACUCAUGUGGGCAGUGGGACACGAUCUCAGCGGGACCUUAUACCAUUUACCAGAACCUCUGGGGUAAGUCCAGUGCUACAUCUGGAUGGCAGUGCACUGGCCUGGAUUACCAGGGUGGAGAUAUAGUCUCCUGGCACACCAGCUGGGACUGGCAAGGAGGCCCAGGAAGCGUGAAGUCUUACGCAAAUGUUGGUUUCAAUUUCAACGCAAGGCAACUGAGUUCCAUUCAACAUAUCCCAACCACUUGGCAUUGGAGUUACUCUGGCUCAAAUAUCAUCGCCGAUGUUUCUUAUGAUAUAUUCACCAGCUACUCUCCCGGCGGCUCUUCGGCAUACGAGAUCAUGAUCUGGGUUGCUGCCAUUGGUGGAGCGGGUCCAAUUAGCAGCACGGGUUCACCAAUCGCUACGGUCACGAUCGCUGGCAUUUCGUGGGAUCUCUUCAAGGGCCCGAAUGGACCCACUACUGUUUUCAGCUUCGUCGCUCACGGCGAGCAGACUUCAUUCAAUGCCGACAUUCUCGACUUCUUCGAAUAUUUGAUUCAUAACCAGGGUUUGCCCUCUUCCCAGUAUGUGAGCGGAAUUGCCGCUGGAACCGAGCCGUUCAGCGGAUCCAACGCUCAGUUGACAACUGGCGAGUAUGUCAUUACCAUCGCGUGA